AUGCCGGGCCUCAUAUCCGCCACGGGCGUGCUUGCAUUCCUCGCUGACGAGGAGCCCGAACUCAAGGUCUACGCCCUUCAGACCCUCAACGACGAUGUAGAUACCGUCUGGACGGAGGUUGCUGGAUCCCUAAGUGAAAUUGAGGCGCUUUACGAAGACGAGUCCUUUCCCGAACGCCAACUCGCCGCUCUCGUCCUCUCCAAAGUCUACUAUCAUCUCCAGGCCUACAACGACAGCAUGACCUUUGCCCUUGCCGCCGGCGACCUCUUCAAGCUCGACGCUCCCGGCGAGUUCGAGGAGACCAUCAUUUCCAAGUGCAUCGACCAGUACAUCGCCGUUAAUGCCACCGAACAUGUUCCCAAGGCCUCCCGCGUUGACACCAGCCUGCCCAUCCUCGCCGAUACCUUUACCACUGGUGCUGAUGGUUCCUCGCUCAUCUCUCCCACUACCCCCUUUUCUCAGACCACACUUCCGCCCAGAUCUCUGCUCUCUAGGGCUUCCGUCGACAAUGCCAUACUCGACCCCUCUUUCCAACCAAUCGGAAAGAUCGGCCGACAUGGUUCCAUUGCCUACCUGCCCGAUCGGACCACAAGAGCAGCUCUCGAGGCAGUGAUAGAACGCCUGUUUAGCAAUUGCCUCAAGCAAAAGAAGUACCGUCAGGUCGUGGGAAUCGCUGUCGAGGCCAAGAAGCUCGACGUGCUCCAGCGCGUCAUCAAGCGUGCCAAGGACGAUGCGAGCGGUGAUUCCGCGACAUCUGCCGAGGAGCUCAUGGACUACGCGCUCAGCAUCUGCUUGGAUAUUGUUCAAGAGAGGGGCUGGCGCACCGAGAUCCUCCGUCUCAUCCUCGAGCUUCUCAACGACAUUCCCAACCCCGACUACUUUGCCAUUGCAAAGUGCGUCGUGUACCUCGAUGCGGACCAAGAGGCAUCAACGUUGCUGCGGAAGCUCGUCGACCAGGGCGAGCAGGCGUCCAUCACCAAUGCAUACCAGAUCGCCUUUGAUCUCUACGACAACAGCACCCAAGAGUUCCUUGGCAAGGUCAUGAAGUCCCUCCCUAGCGGCGAGGUAAAACCCAAGCCUCACCAGGCUACCGUAGCCGACGAAGCUGCCGAGAACGAGCCCCUUCUCGCCGACGGAGCCCAGGACAGUAGCGCGGCGGACGAUACCGAAGAUCUUCCCGAGGACGUUGCUAAGGUGUACAAGAAUAUCCGUUCCAUCCUCACCGGCAGCAAGACGAUCCAGCUCAACCUCGAAUUCCUCUACCGAAACAACCACACGGACCUCAGCAUUCUCAACAAGGUCCGCGACAGCCUCGAAGGCCGCAACUCCAUCUUCCAUACCGCCCUUACUUUCUGCAAUGCUUUCAUGAACCAAGGAACGACGAACGACAAGUUCUUCCGCGACAACCUCGACUGGCUCGGCAAGGCCGUCAACUGGUCCAAGUUCACCGCUACGGCCGCUCUUGGUGUGAUCCACCGUGGUAACCUGAGCCAAGCCAGGAAGCUUCUAGAGCCGUAUCUGCCUCGCGAGGGUGGCCCCAACGGUGGUUCCAUCUAUAGCCGGGGCGGCGCGCUCUACGCCUAUGGCUUGAUUCACGCCAACCACGGUGCCGGUGCUCUCGAGUACCUCAAGACCAAGUUCGUCCAGGCCGACGAGGAGGUUAUCCAGCACGGCGGCGCCCUCGGUCUUGGUAUCGCAGGUAUGGCGACGGGCUCGGAGGAGAUUUUCGACAACCUCAAGGAGGUCUUGUUCGCCGACUCGGCGCUCAACGGCGAGGCCGUCGGUCUCUCCAUGGGUCUCAUCAUGUUAGGCACCGGCAACGCGACUGCCAUCCAAACCAUGCUCCGCUAUGCCCGUGACACGAGCCACGAGAAGAUUGUGCGCGGUAUCGCCAUCGGCAUGGCGCUGAUCAUGUACGGUCGACAGGAAGGGGCCGACGUUAUGAUCGAAGGCCUCCUCAACGACCCGGACCCGACGCUGCGCUAUGGUGGUAUCAUGACCGUUGCCCUUGCCUACUGUGGUACUGGCAGCAACAAGGCCGUCCGCAAGCUGCUUCACGUUGCCGUUAGCGACGUGAGCGACGAUGUACGACGUAUCGCCGUCAUGAGUCUGGGCUUCAUCCUCUUCAGGAAGCCUGGAAGCGUGCCGCGCAUGGUCGAGCUCCUCUCAGAAUCGUACAAUCCUCAUGUGCGAUACGGUUCCGCCAUGGCUCUCGGUAUCUCGUGCGCCGGUACCGGCCUCGACGAGGCCGUUGACCUCCUCGAGCCCAUGAUGAAGGACCCCACCGACUUCGUCAGGCAAGGUGCGCUCAUUGCUCUGUCCAUGAUCAUGGUGCAGCAGAACGAGGCGAUGAACCCCAAGGUUGGCGAGAUUCGAAAGACGCUGAAGAAGGUGGUCGGAGACCGACACGAGGACGCCAUGACCAAGUUUGGCGCUGCUCUUGCUCUUGGCAUCAUUGACGCCGGUGGCCGCAACUGCACCAUUGGUCUCCAGACGCAGACGGGCAACCUCAACAUGGCGGGUAUCGUGGGCAUGGCCGUGUUCACGCAGUACUGGUACUGGUUCCCGUUCACUCACUUCUUGUCGCUGAGCUUCUCGCCCACGUCCAUCAUCGGCCUUGACGGCGACCUCGAGAUCCCGGAUACCAAGUUCCACUGCGCCACGCGACCCAGCCUCUUCGACUAUCCUCCUGAGCAGGAGGCGAAGGCCGAGGAAGGACCCGCUCUCAUUGCCACGGCUAUUCUCUCGACCACGGCGCACGCCAAGAGGCGAGCCCAGAGGAAGGAGAGGGCGUUGAGGCGCGAGAGCAUGGAUCUGGAUGUUCCAGCUGUCAAGCCUAGCGGCGGCGCCGUUGGUGCGGAGGACAAGAUGGACGUCGACGAGGACAAGGAAAAGAAGGAAGACAAGGAGAAGAAGGACAAGGAAGAUGCCAAGGACGAGAAGAAGGAGGGCGAGUCGGCGGCGCCCGAUGCGAAGAAGAAGGCCGAGAAGGAGAAGGUGGGCUAUGACAUUGACAACAUGUCGCGGGUGCUUCCCGGGCAGCUCAAAUACAUCAGCUUCCCGUCUGGCAGGUAUAAGCCCGUUAAGAAGCCUACCGGUGGACCUAUCCUCCUCCACGAUACCCGCUCCGGCGAAGAAAAGACUCUUGUGGAGGAGAAGUUGAAGAAGGUCACGACGGAGCGUGCUCCCGUUGCCCCUGCUGGUGGCGCUGGCCGCAGAGAACGCGGUGGCCUCACAUCGACCAACCCGUUCAUCGACGCCUUGCAGCGACAGGCCGGCGGCGAUUUGACCCUCAGCGAACUCAGCAACCUCUUCCGGCCGGCUCGGGAAACGCCCGGAGCCGGUGCAUCGACAACCGCUCCCGAAACCCCCGCUCCCGCGGGCGGCGCUGCCGCUGCGGCAGGUGUGUUGACUGCUGUGGAUGAGGAUGCCGAAGGAGAAGAGGAGGCUACGGUCCCCAAGGAGUUUGACUACUACACCGAUGAUGAGGAGUAG